CUUCCGCGGGCACCCAACUGUGCGUCUCCUGCGCGCUGACGUCAGGUGCGUGCCCCUGUCCGGCAGCCGAGGAGACCCCGCGCAGUGCUGCCAACGCCCCGGUGGAGAAGCUGAGGUCAACAUCAGAUUUGAAAUAUUUAAAGUGGAUACAAAACUAUUUCAGCAAUGCAGACAAUUAAGUGUGUUGUUGUGGGCGAUGGUGCUGUUGGUAAAACAUGUCUCCUGAUAUCCUACACAACAAACAAAUUUCCAUCGGAAUAUGUACCGACUGUUUUUGACAACUAUGCAGUCACAGUUAUGAUUGGUGGAGAACCAUAUACUCUUGGACUUUUUGAUACUGCAGGGCAAGAGGAUUAUGACAGAUUACGACCGCUGAGUUAUCCACAAACAGAUGUAUUUCUAGUCUGUUUUUCAGUGGUCUCUCCAUCUUCAUUUGAAAAUGUGAAAGAAAAGUGGGUGCCUGAGAUAACUCACCACUGUCCAAAGACUCCUUUCUUGCUUGUUGGGACUCAAAUUGAUCUCAGAGAUGACCCCUCUACUAUUGAGAAACUUGCCAAGAACAAACAGAAGCCUAUCACUCCAGAGACUGCUGAAAAGCUGGCCCGUGACCUGAAGGCUGUCAAGUAUGUGGAGUGUUCUGCACUUACACAGAGAGGUCUGAAGAAUGUGUUUGAUGAGGCUAUCCUAGCUGCCCUCGAGCCUCCGGAAACUCAACCCAAAAGGAAGUGCUGUAUAUUCUAAACUGUUUUCUCCUUCCCUUCUUUGCUGCUGCUUCCUGUCCCACUACUGUAGAAAGAUCGUUUAAAAGCAAAGGAAUAAAACCAUCCUGUUUGAAAGCCUCUGCGUCUUUUUACUCACCACCUUAGAGCAACCUCUGUAUUAGUUUUUGAUCAAGAAUGCAAUAUCAUAUAAAUUUUUUGUGAUCAGUAGUCAAGUUGGACUUGUUUUAAUGUUCUGCUGCUUGAGUUGCCUGAUGCUCAGAGCUUUUUGGUUUGGAUUACUAUUGCAAAAGGGAACUUGGUCUGGCAUUAAGAAUGUCCUCUUGGAGAAAAUAACAAGAGUUUUAACACUUCUAGAUCUUAGUUCUAGAUGGAGAAAGUAACACAAACAUCAUUUUACUCUUAUGAUCAAUUGUUAAUUGUAAUUGCAUGACAAACCUUAUGGAAAAGGGGUGACCUAGUAGAGUGUAAUGGGGAAGGGAGGAUUCUUUUGUGGUUUUCCUUUGUGUGGUGAAACUUUGUGUUGCUGUUGCUUUGGCUGUCUGUGCUGUAGUGGAGUAUUUGUCAGUCUGGGGUGGGGGAGAUAUUGAUGUAUCUGCUACUGCUUUAUGAGUUCAUUUGUUACAUUAUCUUUUAAGAGUAGCAUCCAUUUAAACAGUUGACUUACAGUUUGUUAAUGCUGAGAUGUAAAGCUGCCACCUUUAUAUUUUCCUGCUUCUGAUUUUAUUGUGAGGGAAAUAUACAAUUGUGGUUACCUUCAAAUUUUGAAAUUAAAAAUAUACAACCGUUUGUAUAAAUGCCUGAUGAAGCUUUAUUCCUGUUGCACUGACUGGCUCUAAUUUUACGUAUGUAUCAGGUACCCACAUUUUUGCUCCCUUGAAUCUCCUUGACUCUGUCUAACUGGUGGGAUAAAGGGAGUUCAAAGUGACUAUCUUUGCAGCUACCAUAAUCACCCUCUCUCUCUCUGCCUGUGCCUUCCAUAGAAUAAGGAUGCCACUGACCCGUGCCCGUCCUCUCAGUCCUCUGUUUCAUAUCCAGCUGUUUCAUUUGAAUGCAGAGCUGCUUCCCUUGUUUUUAUGUAAAAUGUUUCAGCAGCACAUUACAAAACUCAUACUGAAUGAGCAAAUGACACAUGUGCUUGUUUGCUUCUUGUGACAUACAUUGGUCUGCGCAAAGCUUUCUCAAAGGACCACUGUCUCACUCAUGAAUAUCUGCUCCUCUGCUCCUGAAUUGCUGAAUCCUUCCAGUGCCCUGGACAAAUCUUGGUGAAGUGAGAUUAUUGUGUUGAGAUUCAGGGUUGUUUUUAAUGUUUCUUUCUUUGCCAACUCUUGGGGGUUUGAAUGUUUUAAAUUUGAACUCCAACUUUAUUAUACUGAAAAUCAGACCGCCCAUUUUUUCUUUCUACCCCUUUUCAGAAAGGCCUAAAGAAUGUAUUUGACGAAGCAAUAUUGGCUGCCCUGGAGCCUCCAGAACCGAAGAAGAGCCGCAGGUGUGUGCUGCUAUGAACAUCUCUCCAGAGCCCUUUCUGCACAGCUGGUGUCGGCAUCAUACUAAAAGCAAUGUUUAAAUCAAACUAAAGAUUAAAAAUUAAAAUUCGUUUUUGCAAUAAUGACAAAUACCCUGCACCUACCCACAUGCACUCGUGUGAGACAAGGCCCAUAGGUAUGGCCCCCCUCUUCCCCCUCCCAGUACUAGUUAAUUUUGAGUAAUUGUAUUGUCAGAAAAGUGAUUAGUACUAGUUUUUUUUUGUUGUUUCAAAAAAAAAAUUUUUGUGUGUGUGUGUGUGUGUUUUUUUUUGUUUAAAAGCAAGGCAUGCUUGUGGAUGACUCUGUAACAGACUAAUUGGAAUUGUUGAAGCUGCUCCCUGGUUCCACUCUGGAGAGUAAUCUGGGACAUCUUAGUGUUUUGUUUUGUUUUUUUCCCUCCUCUUUUUUUUGGGGGGAGUGUGUGUGGGGUUUGUUUUUUAGUCUUGUUUUUUUAAUUCAUUAACCAGUGGUUAGCCCUUAAGGGGAGGAGGACGGAUUGAUUCCACAUUCCACUUCCUAGAUCUAGUUUAGAAAACAUGUUCCCCAUCUGGUGCUCUUAGGAAGGAGUAUAGUAAAUGCCUCAUUUAAUAACAUACUCCUUUUUGAAAGUUGCCUUUUCUCUCCACCCUUGAGUAGAUCCAGUAUUUGAUGAAACUCAUAAAAGUGGGUGGAGCCCGUCUUGCCCCUCCUCUUUUCUAGGACGCACUAUAUGUGACUGUGACUUUCAAGGACAUUUGUUUGCCAUUUGCUGAUUUUUUUGGGAAGUUAAUUUCUAACUUCUUUCACUGAUAAAUGAAGAAAAGUAUUGCACCUUUGAAAUGCACCAAAUGAAUUGAGUUUGUAAUUAAAAAAAUUUUUUUCCCUUUCAGUCAUUGUCUUAUAUGCUUAGCAUAGAUUUGCAGCUCAGUAGUAUAUGGUGUUCCUAGAAUGCAGCUGAAGACCUGUUAUGUAGAGGAAAUACGAGGGGUGGUGCUAGAAGACAGACAUCUGUGGAAUGAUUCACAUCCUCUCAAGUUAGGAGGAUGGAGGCCUGCUUCAUUAAGAAGCUGGGGGUAGGGUGGGGGUGGGGAGAACACUUAACAACAUGGGGACCAGUCAGGGGAAUCCCCUUAUUUCUGUUUUGCAUAUGAGGAACCCUAGAGCAGCCCCUGAGGCUCUCUAGUUUAAUAAAAAUCAUGGAAAGAGUCAUGCAGACUCUUCUUAAGUGUUAAUAGGGAUUUUUCAGCUUAUUUUGGUUGCAGUUUCCAAUUUUUAAAAAUGUUGAGGUAAUCUUUCCCACCUUCCCAAACCUAAUUCUUGUAGAUGCAUUAGUGUUGAACCAAUGCUUUCUCAUGUCUCAAUUCUUUGUAUAUGCAUUCUUUUCAGAUGUAUUAAACAAACAAAAACCCUUCACAA